AUGGCGAUGAUGACAAUAACAGGAAGGAAAGAAAGGAAAGGCUUUCUAAUUUUUCAGCGCUAUGUUUAGCGGAAAGACCCAAGUAGCGAUCGAGCGACAGCUGAGCACAGGCGGUGACAGUUCAGCAGCCGGCAUCUAAAUCCUCUUGCAUCACGGAUGAAUGCAAGCUAGAGAAGCAGAAUUAUAUAUUUUACUUCGUGGGAUGCUCAGCUGAACUUGGGGAAAAUGGCUCCUAAAAACACCACUCAGCUGCUGAAGAACCUCCGUGUGUUGAUGAAAAACACAACCUAUGUUCCCCAGGCUCUACAUGCUUACAUUGUACCUUCAGGAGAUGCUCAUCAGAGUGAAUACAUAGCACCAUGUGAUCAACGGAGAGCUUUUAUUACUGGAUUCACAGGGUCAGCUGGCACAGCCAUUAUCACAGAUUCUGAAGCAGCUUUGUGGACUGAUGGCAGAUAUUACCUCCAAGCAAGGCAGGAAAUGGAUGAAAAUUGGACUUUGAUGAAACAAGGACUCCCUAACACCCCAACUGAAGCCAAAUGGCUGAGCAAAACCCUGCAUGUGGGCUCCACUGUGGGCGUGGACCCUUACCUCCUAGAGGCUGAAUGGUGGCGUGACCUUGCCAGGGAGCUGAAAGGUGCAGGCCAUGUCGUUGUACCUGUCCCUGAGAAUCUUGUCGACCUGGUUUGGAAUGACCGCCCUGCACGCCCAGCCAAGCCUAUUGUACCUCUUGAGGUUAAGUACACUGGGAAGAGUCUGUCAGAGAAAGUGGAGGAGCUCAGAGAAAAGUUGGAGGAGGAAAAUGCAUCGAUGAUCAUAAUAACUGCCUUAGACGAAGUUGCUUAUCUGUAUAAUCUGAGAGGUUCGGACAUUGAGUACAAUCCAGUGUUCUUCUCCUAUGGUGUUGUAACACAGAAAGAGGCCUUUUUAUUUGUUAAUGUAUCUCAGCUAACCUCAGCUGCGAGGGAAGCUCUCCAGGCUGAGGAAGUGAAGGUCACCAUUAAGCCAUAUGAUGAACUUGCUAUGUUUAUUAGUGAACAG